GAGCAGUGGGCGUGUUCAGAUCACUUUCUGACCAAUUUCCAGGAAGUAUGUAUUUUGGGGUUUUUCUUUUUUUUGUCUUUUUUUGACAUGGAGAGAAAAGUUGUUGUCAUCCGAGCGUCUUUGCUUUGAUAAGAAACGGGUCAGUUGCAGACUUGUUUCACUGGCUGCAAUGGUGGACUAUAUGGAUAGGUCCACGAAGAUCAACUUGUUGAAGGAGGGAGUGGUGAAGAAACUAUGUGAGGUGUUGGACAAAUCCACCGACAGAGGAUGGCGAAAGCUGGGAGAGAUUGUGGGCAAAGAGAAACGCCUUAAAGUCAGCUCUGACGACAUAGAGAUAUGCUCUCUGAAGGUAUUGGAGCUGGAGGGCAGCCCAAGUCGCAUGCUGCUAAGGCUGAUGGGAGAGCGAGGCUGCACCCUGGGUCACCUGAUGGAUUACCUCCAAACUCUGGCCAACCCUGACGCUGUGCAGUGCCUGAAACCAUCACCCCUGCAGAUUGUCAUCCAGCCACAAUCUCUGGCUCUGAUAUCUGGACACAAUCUGCGGCUCAGCUGCCACGCUGUUGGGAAAUCUCCAGUACAGUACCAGUGGUUCAAGGGUAAAGAAGAGGUGCCAAACUGCAUGUCUCCAGACCUGCUGAUAAGUCCGGUCCAUGUCAGAGAUGCUGGAUUUUACAUCUGCAGGGUCAACUGUGGAGAGAUGUUUGAAUUCAGUCACUGGGCUCAGGUGGACGUCUUAACUGUCCACACACCUUAUGGACAGAGUUUUCACUCUUUAGAAAGUCGAAUGAAGUUAGUGAUGCAGCCUCAGCCUCAGCAGCUAAACAUAGGAGACAACCUUCAGUUGGAGUGUGGAGCCGUUGGACGUCCCAUCCCUCAAUACCGCUGGCACAAAAAUGGACUUCCUGUUCCUAAUGCAACCAAAAGGAAACUCAUAAUUCUUAACGUGGACCAAGAACACCAUGCCAGGUAUCGCUGUGAGAUCGUCUGCGGCUCUGAGAAAAUGUGGACCAACGAAGUUGACGUUGUAGUAGUACCAAGGAUAUCAGUCCAGGUUUCAGGAGCAAUGGAGUGCUCUGAAGAUGAUUUCUAUGCCAUUGCAGGCGGCUCCAACGACUUUUUCCUGAAUAGUGUUCCAGAACAACUUCACGCCACUGAUAAAGUUGCCUUGCUCAUCGGCAAUUUGUCCUACAAGAACCACCCACAGCUCAAAGCUCCAAUGGUGGACGUCUACGACCUCACCAACCUCCUGCGGCAGCUGGACUUCAAGGUGGUGUCACUGUUGGACCUCACGGAGUCCGAGAUGAGGAACGCAGUCGACGAGUUCCUCCUGCUGCUCCACAAAGGGGUCUAUGGUCUCCUGUAUUACGCUGGUCAUGGAUAUGAGAACUACGGAAACAGUUUCAUGGUGCCUGUGGAUGCACCCAACCCGUAUCGAUCGGCCAACUGUCUAUGUGUUCAGAGCAUCCUCAAACUGAUGCAGGAGAAGGAAACAGGCCUCAACGUUUUUCUCUUGGACAUGUGCAGGAAGAGGAACAUCCACGACGACAGCACAACCAACAUUGUCCUGAGGGUCACAGCCAACAUUGUCUUUGGCUACGCAACAUGCCAGGACGCAGAGGCCUUUGAGUUGAGCUCCAGCGGCUUCACCAAUGGGGUGUUUGUCAAGUUCUUGAAAAAGCGACUUCUGGAUGACGAGAAGAUCACAGUGGUGCUGGACAAAGUGGCUGAGGAUAUGGGACAGUUUGAUGCUACCAAGGGGAAACAGGCGCUGGAAAUCCGCAGCAGCUUAUCAGAGAGAAGAGCUCUGACUGAUUCCAUCAUGCCUAGUGACAGUCCUGAUCUCGCCCACGCUCACAGCCGACAGUGGGCAAAAGCUCACGAGCUUCCUGAGAGCAUGAGUCUCCUCUUUGACUGUGGGGCUCAGAUCAAGUUAGGCUUCGCUGCUGAGUUCUCCAACGUUCUGGUCAUUUACACUCACAUCACUAAGAAACCUGAGGACAUGUCCGUCUGCCAGGCUCAUGUCACAGACUUCUCACAGGACCUGGAUGUGGAUCCCAAAGAGAUGAACAGAGAAACUCCGGAGGAGACAGGGACCUACUUCCUGUCCGGCAGCCUACCUCAGCACUGUCUCUACACCAGACUCAGCUCCCUGCAGAAACUCAGGGAGGAGCUGGUGUUCAGUGUGUGCCUUCAGGGCACGUUCUCAGCCAUGGAGGAUGAUCCCGUUCACUGGAACAAAGCUAUAAACAUUGGAAAGCCACUGAUCGCUCGACUCGACCUGCAUCGUGCCAUGCGUAGGAACAGCUGCCUGCAAACCUGCCUGAUGCCCCACAGCCCGUCUCAGAGUCCGUGUCACAGCCCCAGACCGGACCAUUUCCUCCAUCAUCAUCACGGCCUGCACCAGGCCCAGGAUCCCAAUCGCCUCUCCCCACAACCCUUCUACAUGGACGUUUACGAGCAUCACCAGGGGGCAGUAAACCUCGGCCAGUGUCACUCUGAGCCCUUGCACCAUUCAUCCGGUGGGCUGUCCAGCUCACCUGGCAGGUUCAGCAUCCCCAUAGAAGCCAGUGAUGACAUAAAUGAACUGCAGACUGCAUUCAUCAACAGUCUACAGCUUUAGGCCGGUAGAUUGGUCUAGUACAUACGGGUGUUAGGUAUAGAUGUUUUAAAAAAAUGUUUUAGAAACACUGCUGCUCUUUCAUGUAACAUGUGGUAACCAUUAGAAAAUACAUUUUUAUAGAAAUACAAGAGAUGAAUAAAUGUGAAGUCACGUGGGCAUUGGCAUUGUUGUAGUUCUAGGAUGUUGGCAUUAUUUUACCGGCUUUAAUAAAUAAGCACGUUGCUAAAAUA